UCUACCCCUUUGAUUUCAUUCUUCUAUAUUCUCUUUACUUUUCACUUUUCUUCUCUUUUAAGACUUCAAUUUUAAUCUUUCCCUCGUUUUUACUUUGAUUGCUAUUGCUACCCCUUCAACCCUUAAUCUUCCAGAUCGGUUUAAACUUCAUUUUUUCGGGGGAAUUUCACCUCAUAAUUUUCUACCCACUAAUUGUUUUACUUCAUUUAUCUCUAAAUUGCUUUACUUUCUUCCUGGGUUUCUUCUCAACAGCCUUGAACUGGAAAUGGCGGCGGGUGAAGAUAUUGCAAUGUCGGGUUUGAAGUCUCUGUCGGGUCAAUCUUGUGAUACAUGGAAGGAAGGAAUGGAAAGAAACCAAUCUCAAGUCGAUGUAUUGCAAGAAAAGGUUAAUGAGAUAAAGGCGAGUAUACAGGGUUCAGAGGAAGAUUCGAAGAAGGAAUUAGAGGUUUUGUGGAGAAGAGUCAAGACUACUGCUACGUUGCUGACAUACUUAAAGUCGAAAGCUAGAAUCAUGGCUAUUCCUCAUUUAGCUCAUACGUCGUGUGGAAUCAAAAAGUUGGAUGGGGUAGGGGUUGUUGACAAAGAUGGGGUUCCGUUAUCGGAUUGGUCUAGGAAUGUCGAUCUUUCUUCUUUUGAUGAAGAAGAUGCAGAAUCUUGGAUAGGAAUUAGCCGUCAUCAAGGUUUGUUGGACGAACAGGACGCUGUUUAUAUAGGUGAGAUACUGAACUCUGUUCAGAUGGUCACUGAUGUGAUGGAAGCUCUUGUGAAAAGGGUUUUAUUGGCGGAAUCGGAAACUGCACUUGAAAAGGAAAAAGUGAGUUUAGGUCAAGAAAAAAUUAUGCUAAAGUCUGCUCAGUUAGAGAACAUGUCUAUGAAAUUAGAGGAGAUGGAGCGUUUUGCUUCGGGUACAAAUAGUAUUUUGAACGAUAUGCGGCAAAGAGUUGCGGAUUUGAUGGAAGAAACAACUAGACAGAGAGAGAGAGCUGCUGAAAAUGAAGAAGAGCUUAGUCGAGUGAAACAGGAAUUUGUUUCUCUCAAGUCAUAUGUUAGUAGUCUAAUCACAGUGAGGGAAACUUUACUAUCCUCAGAAAAGCAAUUCCAAACUAUUGAGAAGCUGUUUGAACGGCUAGUUGGAAAGACUACUCAAUUGGAGGGUGAGAAAAUGCAGAAAGAAGCUGAAGUUCAGAAACUUAUGGAAGAGAAUGUGAAGCUGAGUACUUUGCUCGACAAGAAAGAAGCUCAACUUCUGGCAUUGAAUGAACAAUGUAAGAUGAUGGCUUUGAGCGCUUCAAACAUGUAAAUGCUAUUUGUACUCUAGAGAACUUGUUUGAGGCCCGACUAUUUCUGAAAAAAAGCAUCAAUGGAGAGCUCCAUAAACAUCAUUAAUGCCCUUUUUUUUUUUUUUCAUUUUCUGGUGUCAUUUCUCUAUGCCUUUUCAGAAUUGAAUGCGGGAAAUAUUUUUCCGUGGAAUGUAAACUUGGUGUGCUUUCAUUCAUGAGAAAAACAUAUAAAAUGUCUCUUCACUGUAAACUGAAUCAUUAAACCUCACAUCACGAUUAAUCCAUCA